UACCAUCUCUAGUAGUUUCAACCUUCUCAAAGAUCAGAGAUCAGUCACUCUCUUCUUCUUGCUCUUUUCUUUCUCCUCUUCCUGGAACCUUCUCUUUCUCUCUCUUGUUUCUCUCUCUAAGAAGAAGUCUUUCCAUGGAUUGGAUUGAAGUAGAUGUAAGAACAAGACAUCAAUCACCAAACUUUGUUAUUAUUGAAUCCCCAGAAAUGACGAGCUGUUAAUUCAACAGAAAAAGCCCCAAACUCGCUCCAAAACCCAGAACAAAGAGAGACAAGCACCAAGUCAUGAGACCGAUUCAACCACCACCAUCCGCCACCGCUGCUACCGCCAACCGCAACCGCCCGCGGCGGCGUCCAGACCUUACCCUACCUCUACCUCAACGCGACGCCUCCCUGGCGGUACCUCUCCCCCUCCCUCCCACCUCGGCCCCAUCCUCAUCCUCCACCUCCUCCACUCAGCUCCACUCGGCGUCGCGGCCGCUCCACUUCUCCGAGCUGGAUCGACUCAACCGAAUCGGUAGCGGGACAGGCGGCACCGUCUACAAGGUAUUCCACCGCCCUUCCGAAAAGUUCUAUGCUUUGAAGGUGAUUUACGGUAACCACGAUGAUUCCACCCUCCGCCAGAUCUGCCGUGAGAUCGAGAUCCUCCGCUCCGUCGACAACCCCAACGUCGUCAAGUGUCACGAUAUGUUCGAUCACGCCGGCGAGAUUCAGGUCCUCCUUGAGUACAUGGACGGAAGUUCCCUCGAAGGUACUCACAUCCCUCAAGAAUCUGCUCUCGCCGAUCUCACUCGCCAGAUCCUCUCCGGCCUCUUCUACCUCCAUAAAAGGAAAAUCGUUCACAGAGACAUCAAACCAUCGAAUCUAUUGAUCAAUUCUCGAAAGCAAGUGAAAAUUGCUGAUUUUGGGGUCUCUAGAAUCUUGGCUCAGACCAUGGAUCCGUGUAAUUCAUCGGUCGGAACGAUUGCAUACAUGAGUCCCGAGAGGAUCAACACGGAUCUGAACCACGGCAUGUAUGAUGGGUACGCCGGCGAUAUAUGGAGCCUCGGCGUGAGCAUCCUCGAGUUCUAUCUGGGUCGAUUUCCGUUCGCCGUUGGACGGCAAGGCGACUGGGCGAGUCUUAUGUGCGCAAUCUGUAUGUCACAGCCACCGGAGGCGCCGCACACAGCGUCGCGUGAGUUUCGGGACUUCAUCGCUUGUUGUUUGCAGAGAGAUCCGGCGAGGCGAUGGACCGCCGGCCAAUUGUUGCGCCAUCCUUUCGUUACACACAACACGUAUGGUGGCAUCAAUCACAGCAACAAUCAGGUUCAUCAUCAGAAUCACCAACUACUACCUCCUCCACCACCACGUUUUUCUUCUUCUUGAUCUUAAUUUUAUUUGGUUUGUUGUUGUCUGUAAUUUUAAAAUGUGCACAUUUUAAAUUUUAGGAAGGAAUUGGAGAAAUGGGGUUCUGUUA